AUGGAUGAUGCUUUGAAAGCAGAGAUUAAUGCAGUGAAAUGUGAUGAAGGGCUUCAGAUCAACAGAAAGUGUCAGGUCAUUUUGAGCAAGCUGCAAGCUGCAGGCUUGCUGUGGGAGCAGAAGGUGAAGCCUGUGCAGUUGCUGGUGCAUCCCAGCAACCGAUCUGGGGCCAUGCUCAACAGCUUUGACAUGCAUGCCAAAGGAGCCAUGGUUUUGACCAUGGGGUGCUUGGUGGACCAGCUGAGUGACUCCUUGGCUUUUGAAAUGGCAAAGGAGCCAGGCCAGAAGCAGACGCAACUGCAGGCAAACCUGGAGCUGGUAAGCGCGUCAGAGAACAAAAUUGCCCCAGUGCUCUCCACAGAAAGAUAUUUGACAGUGGCUUGCUCCCAUGUGGGCAUGUUUAUGAAAACAGUGGCAGCAGGCACUUGCAGCACAGAGCACGAAGAACUUGCCAGAGUGAACAAUGGCCUGCUGACCUUGGACAGUUUGCUUUCAAAGUAUGCAGACCCGGUCUUAGAAGCUUUGAUCAAGGAAGGCUGGACAUGGAAGGUGAUCAGCGCAGAAGUGGAAGAACACCUUGAGUGGCUCCCCGGGUUCUUGCAAGGCAGCUUGAACACUUCUCAACAGGUGGCAAGCACGCCCAGGAGCAAGCAAUGA